AUGAACAACACCAAAGAAACACUGAGCAGCGUGAGGGAUGUGAUCCCGGAUAUUGGAGGGAAUUUUCAGUUGGACCCUGCAGUCAUCGAAAAACUACCAGAAGGAACUCAGGUCCUCCAGUCUAGCAGCUAUGGUACCUCGCUCUGGACACGAACUGCUCGAGUGGCGACUACAUUCAACGGGGAGAAGAAGGACUACUUCCUCAAGGUCGGGGAACAAUUCAUGUGCUCUACAGAAGCAGGUCCUUCGAUGACGGAGGGUGAAUUUCACUCUAUCUCUGAAAUCUACAAGCUGGUCCCGACACUCACACCGAGGCCUGUGGCUUGGGGUAAAUUCAGAAACGUAGCCAUUGACACUUACUUCUUCCUCUGCGAUUUUGUCGACAUGUCCACGAGCUUACUGUAA